AUGGCGGUCGCGAAGAUCACCCCGAUGAGCGAUUCAAAAGGAAAAAGAAAAAAAAUCAGAAAAAAACACUUUCUUUUUUUCUUGUUCUUGUUCCUAAGCGGGAUAAUCUGUCUGGGCCCUCCUACGUUUUUCACUUCCGCGAAAGGCAUCAACAUAGACGAUACAAAUGGGGUUAAUCCCCCGAAGGACGACAAGCACUUAAGUGAAGAUAACCAGAAGAAGAAAAAGCGGGGAGACCACUCAGACCAGUUUAACGACAAGAAUGAAGGGAACAAAAGUGAAAAUACAGGAGGAGGCUUCCUUGACCUAUUUAACGAAAACAAAAAUGAUGAAAAUGAGUACAAAUUAAAUUUCAUAGAUGGUGCUUCCCUUGAAAGCCAUAGAGACAUACUUAAAAAUGGCACUUUCAUAUUUGACGCUAUCAAUUAUUUACUUAAAAAAAUGAAAGAGGGACCCGCAACUGCAGGGACCACAGGUUUGCAUGCCUUACGACCUGGGAAGGAUGCCGUCAGUGCGAAUGAAAUUAAAAGGUUAAUCCUUAUGAAGCUGCUCAAGUGCGUGGUGGUGUUAAUUCUGCUCUACGUUGUUAUUCGCUUGACCUUCACCUUCAUAAAAAAACUUAUAAAUUUGAUCAUCGUGUUCAUUUUCAAAAUUUUAAAGCUUUGUUGCUGUGGGGGGAGGUGA